UCAGUACUUAGCGGAGCUGCUGGCAGAACGCCAAAAGCUUGGACCUUUCAUGCAAGUUCUACCCUUAUGCACCAGACUCCUUAAUCAAGGUUUUGAAUUGUGGUCGCAGUUUCGUUACAUUCCUCAAUAUUGUGAGAAAUUGCGGACAAAUGCGACCGAUGCAUCCACAAUUGUGGUUGUAGAGAUUCCAACAACCUUGACAUUGCGGGUGGAAUUGCAGCCAGGGACUGUUUAUUGAAACCUUUAUUUAAUGUUCUUUAAAAUGCACUGAAUUGUCAAUUUCUGACCUUCUUCACCAGCCUGAACCAGUUAAUGCUUGAGAAUGAAUCAUGGUUACUAAAUGCCUAAGGAAUUAGAAGUUUAAACAUGCAUGUUUUGAAAAACAAGCAACAGAAUUACACUCUUCUUUUGCAAAGCUAUCUAGAAUUUGUAUCUCUUGAUCAAUCAAGAAAAGGAAACAUCUUAGAAUGAUGCUUUUUGGGUGUCCCACAAAAAGAAUAUAUGGUACCAAAAGAUGGUGGCAAUUUAGUCAUUACCUCCUUUCACAGAAAUGCAAGAAUCUUUCUGGCUUUGAGGCUUCAUAUAGUCUAAGAAAAGAAAAAUAGGCGUUGUCUUUUGCAUGAGUAGAACAAAUCUUCAAAUGAUCACUUUAAUUCUUAAUGUCAUUCACUUUUGAUAAUCAAGAUGUUCAUAUAGAUGGCAUUCACUACACUUCCUAGUUCCUAUGCAUAAUUUACUGUUAGCUUACUAUCAGAAAGGUUGCAUUAAUACCAUUUAUGUUCUUUGAUUCACUAAUCUCUCUACAAGUUCUUAUAUUCAGUAUUACAUUUUUAUUAUCAGAGAUUUCAAGGGUUACUGGAAAGAAUGAAUUGGUGCAUAACCAAGGAUUUGGUGACUUUGACAGAAUGCGAUUCAUAAAUCCAAGUCAUAUGGCUUCUCCAAACUCAACAUCAAACUUUACUGCCUGGAACAGCCUGUCACAUGAAAGGUUAGCUGGCAUGCAGGGACUAAACAUGGAGUGGCAAACUUCACCCGUUGUUCCAAGUUCUCCCAUUGUGAAGAAAAUAUUGCGCUUGGAUAUUCCUAAGGAUAGCUAUCCAAAUUUUAAUUUUGUUGGCCGGCUUCUUGGCCCUAGGGGUAAUUCACUGAAGCGAGUGGAAGCUACUACAGGGUGCCGAGUAUUUAUCAGAGGGAAAGGUUCAAUUAAAGACUUAGACAAGGAAGAGUUGUUAAGAGGAAGGCCUGGCUAUGAGCACCUGAAUGAUCCACUUCACAUUUUAAUUGAAGCUGAACUACCUGCCAGUGUUGUUGAUGUAAGGUUGAGGCAAGCACAGGAAAUCAUACAAGAACUACUUAAACCAGUGGAUGAGUCACAGGACAUUUACAAAAGACAACAACUAAGAGAACUUGCUAUGCUUAAUUCCAACUUCAGAGAAGAGAGCCCUCAACUGAGUGGUAGCAUCUCUCCAUUCACUUCUAAUGAAAUAAAACGGGUCAAAACUGAUCAAUAGGGAUUAUAUGUUGAGAAUUGUUGCAUUCCUUGAAUGGUCAACGCUUCCUGUAACUAAAUUUUGUAAAGCUGCAAUGGAAAGACCAACCUUGCUGAUUUGAUGCUGCUGAUUUGAAGAACAAAAUAAAGGAGACAAACAACAUAGUAUUCAUUGUCACUAGACAAGAAGAAAAACUAUUCAACUACAUUUUGACCUAUUUAUGGCCCCAUUAUCAUAAAUGAUAUUUUUUAGAUUCUUAAACUGUUUAUUUGUAGUAUUGGAAAGAUAUGUUUCCAUAUCAGAUAUCAGAUGUACUUCAAUUUUUUCUUA